CCCCCCCCCCCCCCCAACUCCGCAAUAUCUUCCUCACAGAAGCUCCUCCAUCCAUGAACACCACCACCCUCAUCAAUUAACCCCCCUCAUAGCAAAUCUCCACCAUGGCUCAUUCCAAACGCAACACCUCUCUUCCCCACUUCACCUCCUACGAGCGCGACCUCCUCCGAUCCAACUGGGGCACCAAACGCGGCGUCAUCGGCCGCGACUCCUUCCUCCCCUUCGGCUCCUGUCGCCUCUGUCUGCACCCGGCGCGCGCCCCCGUCGUCGCCUGCGCAACCAACGGCGACCUCUUCUGUCGCGAAUGCGCCAUCAGCGACCUUCUCGCCCAGCGCCAAGAAAUCAAAAGACUCGAGAAAGAGCGCGAUGAGGCCAAGAAGCGUCUUGCGGAGGAAGAAGAGCGGGCAUUAGAAGAAGCGCGAACGCGGGAACUCCAUGACUUUGAGCUCGUCAGCAUGGGGCUAGAAGCAGCGAAGAAAAACGGCACACAGAAUGAUGAGACGUCCAGGAAACGGAAGGCAGAGACGACGGAGGCGUUGGCUGCGUUCAAGGCGAGAGAGGUAGAGGUUGAUGGGAAGAGGAAGAAGGUGUUUGAGUUGGAUGAGAAGGAGAUGGCCAAGGUGGCGCGCGAGGAACAGGAACGCUUGAAGGAUGAGUUGAAGAGGGAAAAGGGCUCGAACAAAUCUGCCCUUCCGUCCUUUUGGGUUCCCUCGCUCACACCUACCACCGAUCCCAAUGAAAUCGCCGCCAACAAGACAGUCAAAUUGACACCCGUCUGUCCUGCAUCCACCGACUCUAACCGUCAUAGCUACUCGCUCAAGUCCCUGGUCGAGGUAUAUUUCACAGAGGAGAAAGGCUCGGAUGGUUCUAUGGCCCGGGUCUGUCCCAGUUGCAAGAAGAAUUUGACGAACGGGCUCAAGGCAAUGCUAACGAAACCCUGCGGCCAUGUUAUCUGCCAACCAUGCGUCAACAAAUUUAUGACUCCCCACGACGCGCCGGACCCCCACGCAACUAAAGAAGAACAAGAACAGACCGCCGCCCUGCAUGGUCGGAUUCUAUGCUACGUCUGCGAGACGGAUGUCACGCCGUCCAGCGACAGCAAGGACUCGGCGUCAGGAAAGAAGAAAAAGAAAGACAAGGAGGGCAUUCGGCCUGGAUUGGUAGCGGUCAGUUCGGAGGGGACGGGGUUCGCGGGCCGCGGAGGAAAUGUUGCGACUAAGAAGGGGGUGGCGUUUCAAUGUUGAUAGAGUUUCUUUGGUAAGGUUCUGGCGUGGAGUUAGUAUGUGUGAUGGGGCGUGAUGUGUUGGAUGUGUAUAUUAUCUAUUGCAUUAGGUUCAUAUAGUUGGUUGGCUGUCGGGACAGCACUAAGACAAGAU